AUGGCGACGCCGGCGAAGCCUCACCUUGUGUUCUUCCCGUUCCCGGCGCAGGGCCACGUCACCCCGGCAUUCCAGCUCGCCACGCUCCUCCACCGGUGCCACGGCUUCGACGUCACCUUCGUCCACACCGAGCACAACCGCCGGCGCCUCCUGCGGGCGCGCGGGCCGGACGCGCUGGCGGGAGCCCCCGGAUUCCGCUUCGCCGCCGUCCCUGACGGCCUGCCCGCGUCAGACGAGGACGCGGCGCAGGACAUGCCCGCCCUGCACUUCUCCCUCUCGACGGCGGUCCCGCACUUCAAGAAGCUCGUACUGUCUCAGCUACUCCCCAGCCCCGCGGCGAGCUGCUGCUGCCUCAUCUCUGACGUCGACCACAUCCUGCGUGCGGCCGAGGACAUCGGCCUGCCUUGCGUCAACUUCUGGAUCACGAGCGCCAGCUCGUUCAUGGCUUUCCAGCAGUGCCAGCAGCUCGUUGCCAAGGGCCUUGUUCCUCUCAAAGAUGCUGAGCAACUGAGGAAUGGAUACCUGGACAGCACGGCCAUCGACUGGGUGCCGGGGUUGCCGGCGUCCAUGCGCCUGAGGGACUUCCCGAGCUUCAUCCGCACCACGGACCCGGACGACGCGGGGCUCGCCAUCACCCUGCGCACAAUGGAGUGCCACCGCACCGUCCCAUCCGCCGUCAUAUUCCACACCUUGGAGGAGAUGGAGAGCCACGUCAUGAGCGCGUUGUCGGCCAUCCUGCCGCCUGUCUACGCCAUCGGGCCGCUACCGCUUCUCCUCUCCGGCGCCGGCGCCGGUGAUCCGGCCAUCGACGCGUCGUCGGGCUCCAGCACCAGCAGCCUUUCCAAGGAGAACCGCGCUUGCCUGGACUGGCUUGACGGCAAGCGGCCCAACUCGGUGGUGUUCGCGAGCUUCGGGAGCCUGGUGAAGCUGACCCACCAACAGUUGGUAGAGCUUGCGUGGGGGCUGGCCAACAGCGGCUACGAGUUCCUGUGGGUGAUCAGGAGCGACCAGCAGCAGCUGAUGGUGAACGGCGGAGCCGCCGCCGCCGUCCUGCCGCCGGAGUUCUUGGCGGAGACGGAGGGGAGAUCCUGCGUGACGAGCUGGUGCCCGCAGGAGGCGGUGCUCCGGCACGAGGCGGUCGGCGCGUUCCUGACGCACUGCGGGUGGAACUCGAUGCUGGAGAGCGUCUGCGCCGGGGUGCCCAUGCUGUGCUGGCCGUUCGUGGGCGACCAGCAGCCUAACAGCAGGCUCGCGUGCACGGAGUGGCGCGUCGGCGUGGAGCUCGGCGAGGACCCCGGGCGGGAGGAGGUGGAGACGGCGAUACGCCAGGUGAUGGGAGGGGAGCGAGGGGAGGAGCUGAGGAGGUCGGCGGCGGAGUGGAAGGACAAGGCCGCUCUCGCGGCACGACCAGGUGGCUCCUCGUGGGUAAAUCUGGAGAAGUUAGCUAACGAGGUGCUUGCUCCUCUCAUGACGCACAAGCAUUGA